AAUUUCGUAUGUAUGGUACACCACUUUCCCUAAUGAGAGACCAUCACUAUUCAAACGUGAAUUCCACACAAAACCCUUUUUACUCAAACCCCUUUAAAUAACAGAAACUGCAAAAACAAAACAGCCAACUACUGUGUGUGUGUGUGUGUAAUUAUCGAAAGAUAUGAUGAUGGCUUUAUCGUCCUUCAAACGCAACGUUUACAAACCAUGCAAGAAAAUACUACACCUCUUCAGAUUCAGGCUCCACAAACCCGUCUUCGUGAAAUCUCUGCACAACGGUCACCGGAAACCUAGAGCCCGGAAAACCAGCACCACUGCCGCCUCCGCCGCGGCAGCCAACAACACCGCCUACGAGGGCCGUUUCCCGAAAAUCCUGUCGGUCCUUCAUUCACUGAGACGGAACAGAGAUCAGACGGACAGGGUUUCGGAGCUCAAGAGUUUCUCCGACGCGCCUUACCACAGAGAACCGUACCCUUCGCCCAUCACGCCAGCGUACAUAAGACUGGGCGUGGGACCCACUAGUAGGAAGGAAGCUCCGGACAACGAGGAGGAGGAGGAGGAUGACGUGGCGGGUGCGUGCAGGAGCUUCGAGAAGCACUUGAUAGAGAUGGUUGUUGAAGAAGGGAAGAUGGGCGAUUUGGUUGACGUUGAAGAGCUUCUUUACUACUGGAAGAAUCUCAAGAGUCCCGUUUUUGCUGAUUUGGUGGGCCGUUUUUACGGUGAGCUGUGCCAAGAUUUGUUUUUUAAUGCAAGUGAGAAUUAUGACGAAACGCCACGUAAAGGACUCCUCAGGUAGAGCUGCUUUAUAUGACAACUCGGUUUUUUUCCUUUUUUUUUUUUUUUAAUGAUUAUGCGUUCAAUGGAAUAAUAAACUACAUACAUGCAGAGCAAAUGCUAUGUAAUUCAUGAAUAGUAGCUGAAAGAAAUGUAAUUGAAGUUUAUGAUUCCAAAUAUUUGUUAAAAAGACUAAUUUUUUUCUCGGGUAUUUACAUACAUUCUACUCGUAGGUCCCUAAUUAGUACACAAUACAUAUAUAUGCUAUACAUAAACUGAAC